AUGAACGUGCUCCUGACGGACAGCUGCACCGCCAAGGUAUCAGAUUUCGGUGCAUCGAGGUUGAUCCCGCCGGAUCAUACGCACCUGGUGACCGUUGUCCAGGGCACGUUCGGGUACCUGGAUCCAGAGUACUACCACACCGGUAUGCUCAACGAGAAAAGCGACGUUUACAGCUUCGGGGUGAUCCUUGUUGAGCUCCUGACGAGAAGGAAACCCAUCAUCGAGAACGAGCACGGCGAGAAGCAGAACCUAUCUAGCUACUUCCUGUGGGCUAUGAGGGAGAGGAGACCCCUCCAAGAGACCCUGGACACACACAUCUUGUUCGAGGAAGGAAUCAGCGAGGAAAAGGUCCUGUGCGUGGCUCGGUUGGCGGAAGAGUGCCUCAGUCUCACGCGAGGGAACAGGCCUACCAUGAAAGAUGUGGAGAUGAGGCUGGAGCUCUUAACUGGGCGCCGUGUUGCACGACUUGCUGGCCAGGAACAGGUGGCGCCACGGCCGCGCUGUGGUGGCGUUGUUCCGGUGAUUGGUGACCACAGCUCACGACAGUUCAGCCAAGAGCAGGAGUUUGUGUCCUCUCUGCAAGUACCGCGCUAG